CACCACUUUACUCCAUACGCAGGAGAUCAUUGCUACCUAGUACAUAGUAAUAUAACUGUUCCCCAUGAUCAGGGGCCUGCCCUUCAAAGUAGCUCGAACCCGAUUUUCAAAUCUAACAUGUCAUGGACGGGUGGGGACCGACAGAUGGCCCUUAUGGCUUAUGCAUCCUUGCUGUGCGUGCUCAAUCUCUCCGGGGGUCGUUGUGUUGGUUGUCUCUUGCAUGCAGCGUGGUAAGGAGGAACCUACCUUACUGCCUCGUUCCUUUCUGAGGGUUUAUUUCUGGCAUUCAACUCUACUUGAUCAAAGUUAAAGACUACCCGUCCUCCACUUGACAGGACAGCUAGGGAAAUCCUUCCAGGGCCUCAGGGUUCAGUAGAUCGGCUCAGGGUGUGAGGAUG